AUGCUUCAAAAAUUUGUGACUGGACUUGCGUGGGCAAGCACUGUCAGCGGUGCGGCCCUCUCACGUAGACAGGCCACUAGCGAUAGCUGCCCUGGCUAUUCCGCAUCAGGUGUUGUACAAACUGCAACAGGGCUUACCGCGGAUUUAACACUUGCUGGCGCUGCGUGCAAUGUCUAUGGAAAUGAUAUCCAAAACUUGAAGCUUACUGUCAAUUAUGAUUCUGACUCCCGACUUCACGUCAAGAUCGAAGACGCUGCAAACAUCGCAUACCGCGUUCCUCAGAGCGUCUUUCCAACCCCAGACUCAAAUGCAUCUGUCUCUGCAGCAGACUCUGCACUUGAGUUCUCCCAUGUCGAUUCGCCAUUCAGCUUCAAGGUGACUCGCAAGUCGUCUGGCGAAGUGCUGUUUGAUACUUCCGCAGCGUCAUUGAUUUUUGAAGAUCAGUACUUGAGAGUUCGAACUUCUCUCCCAGAGAACCCCAACAUCUAUGGACUUGGCGAGCACUCCGACAGUCUUCGUCUAAACACCACCGAUUACACCAGAACGCUUUGGUCCCGUGAUUCUUAUGGAAUUCCUGCAGGAACUAACUUGUACGGAAACCACCCAAUCUACUUUGAUCAUCGCGGUAGCAGCGGAACCCAUGGUGUUUUCUUACUCUCGUCAUCCGGUAUGGAUGUCAAGAUCAACCGAACACAGACGGAUGGCCAGUACCUCGAAUAUAAUUUGAUGUCUGGUAUUCUUGAUUUCUACUUCAUCGAUGGACCGUCGCCAAAGCAAGUCGCCGAGCACUACAGCGAGGUGAGUGGUAAAGCCGCCAUGAUGCCAUACUGGGGUUUCGGAUUCCACCAAUGCCGAUAUGGAUACAGAGAUUACUUUGCUAUCGCAGAAGUCAUCGCCAACUACUCGAAAGCCGAUAUUCCUUUGGAGACAAUGUGGACUGAUAUCGACUACAUGUACGAGAGAUACAUCAUGACCACUGAUCCUGAUCGAUUCCCUAUUGCACGCGUCCGUGAGUACGUCGAUUACCUACACGCACACAACCAGCAUUAUAUCGUCAUGGUUGACCCCGCCAUGGCUUUCCAAACUAAGCGUGAGAACGAUCUACCAUACCAGACAUUUCUCCGAGCUCAAGAGCAAGGAAUUUUGCUGCAGAAGAAUGGUGCGGAUUAUCAAGGAGUUGUCUGGCCAGGUGUCACUGCCUUCCCUGAUUGGUUCCACCCAGACACACAAUCUUACUGGAACAAUGAGUUCCUCGAGUUCUUCAACGCCGAGACAGGAAUGGACAUUGACGCUCUUUGGAUUGACAUGAACGAAGCGGCUAACUUCAACUAUUUUGGAGACAAUCCUCAGGAUAGUGCCGAGGAACGUGGAUUCCCACCACGUCGACCUGCUCUGAGAUCUCAGCCCCGUCCUAUUCCAGGAUUCCCUCAAGCGUUCCAACCGGAUCCAAACUCGCCUUACGCACCAGAUGAUUACAGCUAUGCCCCACCUUGGCUUGCACCUCCUGCCACCCCUAACGAGAAGCGAUCAUCCAAGCGGACACCACUAGAAGCCAAUAUGCUCGAAAAUCGUCAAGCGAGUCAGGUAAUAGGGUACCCAAACAGAAAUCUUCUUGCUCCUCCAUAUCAGAUCAACAACGAGAACACUGUUGAGGCAUACGGAGGAUUAUCAAACUUCACCUUGGAUACCGAUAUCAUUCAUUACGAUGGCCAUGUAGAGCUCGAUGUCCACAAUAUCUAUGGUGCUCAGAUGAGCGAAUUUUCCCGCAAUGCACUUGAGGCUCGUCGUCCGGGUAGACGACCAAUGGUCAUCACUCGAUCUACUUUCGCGGGCAGUGGAAAGGCUGUUGGUAAAUGGCUUGGAGACAACUUGUCCACCUGGGAGUUGUAUCGCCAAUCGAUUCAAGGAAUGCUCGAUUUUGCAGCCAUUUAUCAAAUGCCAAUGGUUGGUAGUGAUGUCUGUGGGUUUGGUGCUAACACCACCGAAACUCUUUGCGCAAGAUGGGCAACUUUGGGUUGUUUCAAUCCUUUCUUCCGCAACCAUAAUGGUGACAGCUCUAUUCCUCAAGAAUUCUACCUCUGGGAUACAGUUGCAGAGGCUGCUCGUAAGACUAUGAGCAUUCGAUACAGAUUGCUUGAUUAUAUCUAUACUGCUUUGUACAAGCAGUCUACCAUCGGAACCCCUCUGAUCAACCCGAUGUUUUUCACCUAUCCCGAGGAUGAAAAGACGUUUGCCGUUGAGCUCCAAUUCUUUUAUGGUGAACACAUUCUUGUCUCACCCGUCACCGAGGAGAACUCUACAUCGGUUGAUAUCUAUCUACCCAACGACCUAUUCUACGAUUUCUACACCUAUGCGCCCGUUCAAGGUACUGGUGCGAUGUUGACUCUCAACGAUAUCGACUUCACCUCUAUUCCUCUUCACAUAAAGAGUGGCGCGGUUAUUCCAAUGCGCAGUGAGUCUGGUUACACCACCACAGAUGUACGGACCAAGCCAUUUUCUUUCAUCGUCGCACCAACUGCAGCUGGAGAAGCAGCAGGCGAGCUCUAUCUCGACGACGGUGACAGCAUUGUUCAACAUGAGACUUCUGAGAUUAAGAUGACAUAUCACGAGAAAAUGCUUACCAUUGAUGGCAACUUUUCAUACCAAGCAGGAUGUGACUCGCUUCAAGACGUCACUAUUCUUGGGGUUCAUACAGCUCCAACAGGUGCUUACUGGUCUAAGGGCUCGGAUGCUCAUGAGGUUGUUUGGUAUACUUGUCCUGCGGGAGGAUGGAAGCAUGAUGCUGAGAAGGAGAGUCUUACGAUUACGAUUGAAACGAAGUUGGAUGCACCUAUUAAGGUUAAGUAUGAGUAG